GUACUCGACUAUCUCCGAAGUAAGCCGAAGCCUGUGGCCCCGCCUCCAAACGGUGAGCGCAAGCUCCCGAUUGUGCCCGAAGGAAUCCGAACGGAGGUCCUGCCUCAUCCCGAACGCUCAGCUCCAGGCCCCGCCUCCUCUCCCGGGCCCGUGCAGUUCACCUCCCAAAGCUUCUGUCCCUCCUCCUUCCGAACCCGAAGCCCCGCCCCCUCACGUACUCGCGGCUCGGAGCCCCGACUGGGUAGAUCCCGGCCCGGGUCUAGGCGCCGGCUCGUGCUCUCAGGCGCCCGCUCCGGGGCUCCUUCUCUGCCCGGCCCGGAUCCUGCCAGUGGCCGCCUCCCCGGCCCGAUCGGGGCGGCCCGGCCGGCCCAGCGAAAGAGCAGGCGGCGCGGGGGCGUGCUGGGCGGGGGAGGCGUGGUCGGAGCCGCUGCGGCCCGCGGGCUGGAACUGCUCGGCCGCCUGCUGCCGGGCGGGCGGCUCAGACCAUGUCGCCUGAAGAAUGGACAUAUCUAGUGGUUCUUCUUAUCUCCAUCCCCAUCGGCUUCCUCUUUAAGAAGGCGGGACCUGGGCUGAAGAGAUGGGGGGCAGCAGCUGUGGGCCUGGGGCUCACCUUGUUCACCUGUGGCCCCCACACUUUGCAUUCCCUGGUCACCAUCCUGGGGACCUGGGCCCUCAUUCAGGCCCAGCCCUGCUCCUGCCACGCCCUGGCUCUAGCCUGGACCUUCUCCUAUCUCCUGUUCUUCCGAGCCCUCAGCCUGCUGGGCCUGCCCACUCCCACGCCCUUCACCAAUGCCGUCCAGCUGCUGCUGACACUGAAGCUGGUGAGUCUGGCCAGUGAAGUGCAGGACCUACACCUGGCCCAGAGGAAGGAAAUGGCCUCAGGCUUCAGCAAGGGGCCCACCCUGGGACUGCUGCCCGACGUUCCCUCCUUGAUGGAGACGCUCAGCUACAGCUACUGUUACGUGGGCAUCAUGACAGGCCCGUUCUUCCGCUACCGCACCUACCUGGACUGGCUGGAACAGCCCUUCCCCGGGGCAGUGCCCAGCCUGCGGCCCCUGCUGCGGCGCGCCUGGCCGGCCCCACUCUUCGGCCUGCUGUUCCUGCUGUCCUCCCACCUCUUCCCGCUGGAGGCCGUGCGCGAGGACGCCUUCUACGCCCGCCCGCUGCCCGCCCGCCUCUUCUACAUGAUCCCCGUCUUCUUCGCCUUCCGCAUGCGCUUCUACGUGGCAUGGAUUGCCGCAGAGUGCGGCUGCAUUGCCGCCGGCUUUGGGGCCUACCCCGUGGCCGCCAAAGCCCGGGCCGGGGGCGGCCCCACCCUCCAAUGCCCACCCCCCAGCAGUCCGGAGAAGGCGGCUUCCCUGGAGUACGACUAUGAGACCAUCCGCAACAUCGACUGCUACAGCACAGACUUCUGCGUGCGGGUGCGGGACGGCAUGCGGUACUGGAACAUGACAGUGCAGUGGUGGCUGGCGCAGUACAUCUACAAGAACGCUCCUUUCCGUUCCUACGUCCUGAGGAGCGCCUGGACCAUGCUGCUGAGCGCCUACUGGCACGGCCUCCACCCGGGCUACUACCUGAGCUUCCUGACCAUCCCGCUGUGCCUGGCUGCCGAGGGCCGGUUGGAGUCAGCACUGCGGGGGCGGCUGAGCCCUGGGGGCCAGAAGGCCUGGGACUGGGUGCACUGGUUCCUGAAGAUGCGCGCCUAUGACUACAUGUGCAUGGGCUUUGUGCUCCUGUCCAUGGGCGACACUCUCCGGUACUGGGCCUCCAUCUACUUCUGCAUCCACCUCCUGGCUCUGGCGGCCCUGGGGCUGGGGCUGGCUUUGGGCGGGGGCAGCCCCAGCCGGCGGAAGACAGCAUCCCAGGCCACCAGCCUUGCCCCAGAAAAGCUCCGGGAGGAGUAAGCUGCCACCACGCUCCCUCUGCCAGCUUUUCCAGCCACCAAGCUUUUGCUUGGGAAUUCUGUGAACCAGGCUGCUGUCUCCUUUCCCGGAAAGAGCCCUGAAUCUGGCUGGGGUCCUGGAGAGGAUUCCCUUUUCCUGAGCUAAAGACCCUGCCUCCAAGUGAAGCCUCUCUGGGGGGCGACCUCCCCAGACUUCUCCUGCCUCCUGGCCCUGUGCCCUGGGACCUCCGCUGGCCACUUUCCCUCCUAUAAAAUCAAUGUAUUGUCCAGACAGGAGUCUCGCCCUGUUCCUGCUCCAGCUUCCGGGCAUCCAGAGAGCGCUGCGCUUGCCCAGAACAGCAGGGACUGAUGGACGGUGUGGUUUCUUGGGCAGAUUCCCUUUCUUUGGAUCCACAGUCCAAAGUAGGGAACCUCUUUCUUGUGUAUUUCACUCUGCUUUCAGCUCAAUAAACCAGUAUUUCAGACUGGGAAGGGAACAUAACCUGCCCGUUUCAUAGGGGGAAACUGAGGUGCAGAUGAGCAGGCCUGUGACUGCCGUCGGCAGCUCCCGUCUGAGUCACCUCAGGUCCCCAGUGUUCCUGUCAACCCUCUGUCAUCCGUUGGCCUACCUAAGACGGCUCAGAAUGUGUAAGUCUUUCCCAAUAAAGUGCUACAC